AAAAAAAGGAAGAAACGGAAGAAAUAAAGAAAAAAGAAAGAAAAUGGAUCAAAUGUUGCCUAGUCCUGGGUUUAGUAUACCAAGUAUAGGUACUCCUUUACAUCAACCAGAGGAGGAUCAGCAAAUUUUGCCUAAUGCAUUACAACAGCAGCAACAACAACAAUCACAGCAACAACAACAGUCACAACAAUAUCAAUUGCAACAAUUACACACUAUGAGUCCAAAUAUGCAAAGUGGAAUGCUUAUGAUUGGAACGCCGCAAAAAACUAUGCAUGCGUAUGCAACACCACCCUCUUUUGCAACUCCACAAAGUCUUAUGCAACCGCAAACACCACAAAAUAUGAUGUCUCCAUUAGUACAAAAUACUAAUAUAGCUCCUCCAUCCAUAGGACCAUCUACUCCUGGUCCUAUGACACCUAUGACACCAGCUUCUGCAGAUCCAGGAAUAUUACCACAACUUCAGAAUAUUGUCUCUACAGUUAAUCUAAACUGCAAGUUAGAUUUAAAGAAAAUAGCUCUCCAUGCCAGGAAUGCAGAAUAUAAUCCAAAAAGAUUUGCUGCAGUUAUCAUGAGGAUAAGGGAACCUAGAACUACUGCUUUAAUAUUUAGUAGUGGAAAAAUGGUUUGCACUGGAGCAAAAAGUGAAGAAGAUUCUCGAUUGGCUGCAAGAAAGUAUGCCAGAAUUAUUCAAAAACUUGGCUUUCCUGCAAAAUUUCUCGACUUCAAAAUACAAAAUAUGGUAGGCAGUUGUGAUGUAAAAUUUCCAAUUAGACUGGAAGGAUUAGUACUUACACAUGGGCAGUUCUCUUCAUAUGAGCCAGAACUCUUUCCUGGAUUAAUAUAUCGUAUGGUUAAGCCUAGAAUCGUUUUACUCAUAUUUGUUUCAGGAAAAGUAGUUCUAACAGGAGCAAAAGUUAGGCAGGAGAUCUACGAAGCAUUUGAUAAUAUCUAUCCCAUUUUAAAGAGUUUUAAAAAGCAAUGAAUUUAUUUUUUUUUAAGAUAAAGUUAUGAAUUACACGAAUAAAGAGUUGAAGCUGUAACUAAACCAAACAUAGGAACGCCCGCAUUAGCCAAAGCGGUACUGGCAGCCAUAAUUGCAGCAGCUAAUGAAGAACCAGCAUUAUCCAAGACCAUUACAUAUACAUCCACUUGAAAAUUGGGAAAUUCAUGCUGAAACAAUACAUAUAUUUGUAAUCUUA